AUGGACAAAAAAGUUCCCGUGAAUCAAGAUCCGGGGGGUUUCUUACAAGUGUCCCACCCGCAUCGGCAGCAGCAAGGAAACACCAAUCAACAGACACCUCCCAGUGGUACAAAUGUGCCGUUGAACCACGAACUGGACAUGGUUUCAUUCAGAACUCCUACUCAGUGUAAUGGAAAUACAUACAUUCGGCAGGAUAAUGUCGUGCCACAUCCCUCUAGUAACAAUUUGCCAGCUACUGGUGCUCCACCAUACGUCAAUACACCGCAACUUCACACAUGGUAUCCACAGACUCAACGAAGCAAUUGGAGCCACCAAUCUCCUUCACACGGGCCAUUUGAUGCAAAUGACGCAUGUGGAAGUAUACCAAUUCCAAGGCAAUCCCAGCAUAACCAAAGCUCGAGCUCUCCAAUCAUAAAUGUACAUAUACACAAAUAUUAUGUCGAAAACGCACAGUCACCGUCUAACCUCCAACCAAUGACUGGGGCGCAGUUUAACAAUUAUACUCAGUCUUCAUUUAAAAGUCAAUCAUCGAGCAUAGCUCAACACAGCACGCCGCAAAGACAUCUCAAUCACAUGCAAAACUCUUUCCGCCGAAAUAGUAACCCAUCAUCAGGUAACAUUCGUGAACCUCGUUUGUUUGUCAGCAGUGAAACUAGUACCCCGUGUCAUAAUAGAACCGACUUACCACCUGGAGAAUCCGAUGGCGAGGGGGAAGGAUACCAAGCUCGCUUCAAUGCUAAUAACGUCAACUCGGUUCAAAUUCGAGAGCUGACAAGCUCAACACCCCAGCCUAAUAGCAUCCCAGUUUCCAAUCGCAUUGAACAGCUACCCAGCAGUCCACUUCCAACAAAUAUGAACAACCCCUCAAGUCCCACAAAUACAAGCUCAGCGACACCCAUUGCAGCUUCAAAACUCUCGACAAAGAAGAGGAAAUUCAAGAUGUCAAUGGCGGAUGUAGAGAGUACAAUUGGCGACUGGAGUGGUAAACCAAAGCCCAUUACAUUGAAGAGUGCAGUUGUUCAGGGUCAGGGUCAAAACGCUUUGGAAAACAGACUAGAUACCGCCAGCACAAAAACCAAUUCGAGAGUUACCGAGCUGAAAGCAGACCAGACACAUAGUAGACUUACAGCUGCGGCAUCUGAGCCGGGAUUGACCCGUAUGAAUCCGGAUGCAGAUAACCCACCAUCAUUACAUUCAACAAGCCAUACAACACCUGCGGUGCAACCUGCUCUAAAUACGAGGAUACAUGACUCACAGACCACGAAGAGCACUACAGAAAACCGCAGACCGACUCAGACAAACAAAGAUACUUUACAGGUCACGAACAGUCAGCCCUUCAGUCAAAUAAGUAGCAAACAAAAACCUACUUCUUCAUUGCCUCAGCAUUCAACUGCCCAGAAUCGGCAAACAGUUGUUAUAGAACUAUCUGAUGACGAAUCAGAUACCAAACCUGCAAAACUUCUACCGCCACCGGUGGCUCCAAAAAGUUCCAUAAUUAUUAUUGACAGUGAUGACGAAGACGAGAAUGAGCCGGUGAAACCAGCAUCAAACCAAAGCCCCAAGAUUGAUACUGCUGCGAACACAUCGUUGAUAUCGUCCCCUAUCCAAGUAAGACCUAGACCGGAUUUAAAAGAUACAUCCGACCCAAUUGUCGAUUCUUCCUUUUCGUUUUCCAAAGCCGGGUUCAAGCCAGUAGAAGAAGUACCAGAACUUCCUAAAGCUGACCCAAAAUCUUCAGCAAUCGACGUAUCAAGAGAGGCUUCAGAUGUUGAUAUCGAUGUACCCGAGAUGCCAGAUUUCAUACUGUGGUCCAGCUCUGAUGGAGAGGAAAAUAAACUCGAUAUUGCUUUAACUUCCACCAAGGCUACAACCAUAUCAGGAACAAGAAGGCCCACCUUGAAGGUUGCAAACUCGCUGCAGCGUCCAAAAGAUGGUGCCACGAAUGUCAUCCAAAAGUCAGCUUGCAAGAGUAAUAGCUCCGCUAGCUUAGGCCAAGCCACGCAAAAUAACCUUGCUAGCAGAUCCAAAUCCGUACCGGAUUCCCGGUUUUCAGGGCCCGUCACUGAAUCAUCAUUGCAUUCCAUCAAGAGGUCGAAUACUAGCCAGGAUGGUGAUGUUUCCGUAUCCAAGAAGGCAAGAAGGUCAAAAACAGAUAGUUUGCUAGAGGAAUUACCCAAAAUCGACAAUUUUGAAUACAGUUACAAGGAAUUGCAAGAGGCAAACCGGGUGAACAGAAAGAAGGAGGAGUUGCAUGCCGAGAUGGAAAUAUACAUCAGUCUGAAACCGUAUAGUGUUUUGAAAGAGUUCACUGAGGACUUUAAACUGAAUGUUGCCACAUUUGAACUGGAGGUGCCCGUGGUGUAUUGGAAGAGAAAUGUCAAGGCUGAGUAUAUAAAGGAGAAGGAUUAUUUUAUCCCCGUUGCUGCGAAAAAGGUUGUACAGCAGACGUUUGUCAUAUAUUAUUUGGCGCAAGAUUUCAUGGAUAAGCUAAUUUCAAAUAAACUUGGAGAUGAUGUGAGAACUGCCACUGAGCAAAUGUGGGCAAUUUCGAAUCACGAUUAUCAUGUAAUCCUUAUGGUUGAAGGGUAUGACCAAUUGAUCAAAAAAAUCAAAGCGUACAUACAACGGCAAUUUAGAUCGCAAGUGUUGAAUGGCGAAGAACAAGCACGUAAGAAGAAGGAUGAUGAGUUAUUUUCCAAGUUUCCUGAGCCAACAGAGAUUGCUAAGUUGUUCAACAAAGCUCAGUUGGACUUAAAGAUCAACAUUUACCCCGUUCGUUCACGGCAAGAGGGGGUAAUGUGGUUGAAUUCGUUCACGUAUACCAUUGGUUCGUCAUUGUACGACAAGUAUGAGAGAAAUCAGAAAUUGGCAAAUUUGGGUGUUGUUCGGUCCGGAAGUGAUACCAAAGCAACUUUUUUGCAAUCGAUUCAGCAUUUCCCACGUAUGACGCAUUCAAAAGCUCAGAUUUUGGAGUCGUCUUAUGGAUCAAUGCACCUGAUUUAUUCAAAGUUUCGCACUUCUGGUACAUUGGGUAAGGAUUCACUCGGGAGAAAUGUUGUGCCUCCUACAGUUGAUUCUACGAUGUUGAAUUUUUUCACCUCCGAUGACCCAGACAAGGCAAUCACAUAA